CCUCUCCAAAUGCCAAACUCUCCAGUCUCCAACAGUCUCCAACGCUCGAGGCGCCGCUUGGUCAGCAUCACCGUUUAUAGAUCCUUUUCUAAAAAGCCAUAGAGAUGAAAAAGCUUUAUAAACGGUGGUCAGCAUUACAGUUGCAGCACUGGGCCUGACUGGGCACUGGUGUCGAGUGCGCCAUUCGUAUCCGCGAAACCCAAUGCAACUUCGAGAUCCUGUUUUUUACAAGUACUGCUCCAGGAGGACACAUGUAACCAGUAAACGGAGGCCUCAGAAAAACACCUGAGAUUAUGAUGCUGUGUCUAAAGGUUGGAGUAGAUAAGCACUGGGCAUGAUGGCUGCAGCAAGUGGUGGCAAUGGUCACAUGGACGUAGACGACCAGUCAGAAUCAGAUGCCCUGCCAGUGCAGAAACCACAGAAUACAGUAAAUAGGUGCCAGACAGAUCAGGAUGCAGAGGGUCGAAUAUGUGUGCAAGCCCCAUCAAGACAGCAGGACCUAGAGGAAGGGAGCCACACAGGUCAAAAUGCAGGAGACUGUCGGCAAUCAGAGGGCCGACCAGUCAAGGGGACAGGGAACCCAGGUGGUCGAGAUCAGGAGAAAGGACAGGAUGCUGGAGAACAGCAAGAACGCCAAACUGGACAGAAUCCGGCGGACCCAGACGAAGCGGCGGCCCAGCAGCUGCGGCGUGCCGCGGAAAAGGGCGACGUGGCAACUCUGGAGCGGCUGUUGGACUCGGACCCAUCUCUGGCAAUGCGCACCGAUGCCGACGGCUACACGGCGCUGCAUCGGGCCUGCUAUGCCGAUCAGCUGGAGGCCGCGCGGCUACUGCUAGAGAGGGCUCCGGACACCUUGGAGUGGCCCACGGUCGACUGUUGGCGCCCGCUGCACUCGGCUUGCAAGUGGGGCGCACUCAAUUGCGCGCGGCUGCUAGUCGACUGGGGCGCCGACGUGAACGCGCCCAGCGAAGGCGGCCUGACGCCGCUGCACCUGGCGGCCAGCCAGGCCCGUUCUCGGGCCCUGCUCGAGCUGCUGCUGUGGUCGCCAUUCGCCAAUGUCGAUGCGCGCAGCCGCGCGGGGCGACCGACCCGCUGACUUGGCCCACCGCCAUGGCCCAUGGGCCAGCCUCUUCACGCUGCACGCCCCGGCGGUCAACUACUUCUGACGACAACUUGCUUCGAAGACGUGUCACGAGUGUGCAUGAGGACGCACUUCGUUUUGCGACACGACAAGGAACGGUAGCAACUGCCAAACCUUGCUGUGCUAUUCAGGUGCGAAGGAGUGUUAGUUCCCUGCGGCUUACAGAGAUCCUGAUCGUCUUCACAAUUAACCUGCCACGGUUCCUCCUAAUUAUGGAAUGGGCAGAUUAAACAAUAAUGUUGACCUUC